UCGAACAACCAAGGACUCUACGACCCGCACCCAAGCGAUUCGGCGCAGGGCGGCCGCGGUCUCACACACGCAGAGGCUGUCCAACGGGAAAUCAACGAUGUCACCAAUAUCGUGCGCCAGAACCUGCAAGCCACCAGUCAGCGCGGCGAGCGCCUGGACAACCUCGAGAACAAGACGAAUGCGCUCUCCGGCUCGGCGAACCAGUUCCGCACUCGCGCCAACCGGGUGCGGAAGGAUAUGUGGUGGAAGGACAUGAAGAUGCGCAUGUGUAUCAUCAUCGCCGUCAUCAUCCUGCUUGUGGUCAUUAUUGUGCCUUCC